GAAUGGGUGUUAUUUGUUGUGUUAUUUGUUGUGUUUUCCCCUACUGAAUAAGUCCUCGCGUCUUACUAGAAUGCACUUGGCAACACAACGACACCGAUAAUACUAACGAGUACCUUCGUGACCUGUAAAGUAAAAGCCAGUCCGACGUUUGAGAGAAAGCCGCCAAACGAACACGGAAGUGAGUAGGAAGCAGUUCUCUCUUCCGCGUCUUCAUCUCUUGUGUCCUUAGUGUCAAGAUCGCCGCAGCUCUACGGCCACAUAUUAUAAUUAGACAGUGCAUCGGUCACGACGAGCUCAAGGUUGACAAAUGUGACGAGUGACUAGUGAAGGAGCUGCUGGUGCAUCAUGGGAAACGCACCAUCUAAAGCUGACUGUGGAGAUGAGCCACCAAAGACAACUUUAUUUGAAAAGGAGCCAGAUGGCAUCACCUACAGAAUCCCCGCUCUCAUCCAUCUGAGGCACAGUGGUACCUUCCUUGCCUUUGCAGAGAAAAGAUCUUCUCCUCGUGACAAUGAUGCCAAACUUAUUGUCAUGAGAAGAGGGGUGCAGAAUGCUGACGGAUCUGUUCAGUGGCUGUCGAGCGAGGAGCUGUCAACAGCAUGCCUGCCGCUCCACCGCACCAUGAAUCCUUGCCCAGUGUUUGAGAAAAACACCAGCACCUUGUUUUUAUUCUUCGUCUGCAUCCUGGGCCACACCACUGAGCACAGGCAGAUCAUCACAGGUAAGAACAAAACGCGCCUUUGCUACGUCAGCAGCGGUGACGACGGCCGCACCUGGAGCGAGGCCAAGGACGUCACGGAGAGCGUGAUCGGACAAGAUAUCGACAAGUGGGCCACGUUUGCGGUCGGCCCCGGUCACGGCGUCCAACUGGAGAACGGGAGGUUGAUCAUCCCAGCGUACGCCUACUACAUUCCGUAUAGGUGCUUCUCCUUCCCUGUUCCUCACACCGUCAGCCCACGAGCGCUGACCAUCUACAGCGCAGACUUUGGCAAGACUUGGCACAUUGGCAAGAUGCUGCGCAAGAAGUCAUGCGAGUGCGAGAUGGCGGAGAUCAUCGAUCACGAGGGCAGAAGUCACCUCUACUGCAACGCUCGCAACUUCGGAGGCCACCGACGCGAAGCGCUGAGCGAAAACAGCGGCGUCUGCUUUGACAAACCCCGCACGGCCCGAGAGCUGGUGGAGCAGCCAAGAGGCUGUCAAGGGAGCGUCGUCGGCUUCCCCGCGCCGGAGUUCAUCCCCUGCGAGGACGCAGAGAACAAAGCGUGUGACACGUUGUGCCCGGACACCCAAACAUGGCUCCUCUUCAUGCACCCCACCAGCAAGCGCACUAGGCGGGACAUGGGCGUCUACCUGAACCGAUCCCCCCUGCACUCCAGGGGGUGGGACCGACCCACGAUCCUCCACUGCGGGCCCAGCGGGUACUCAGACCUGGCCUACGACCCGGACAAAGACCAGUUCUCGUGCCUGAUGGAAUGCGGAAAGGAAAGCGAACUGGAGCAGAUUGCGUUUGUGUCGUUCACGCUCAAAGAUGUCAUGCAGACAAACAGGAAAAACAACAACAAAAUGUACUGAAUAACAUAUCCCAGCAUGAAAGAGGCAAGGCUAACAUCUCUGUGUUUACUAGUGUUCCUCUCAUGCAUGCAGGAUGUUUACUUCUUUACUUCAGCUAAGGGUCUCUUCAAAUGGUGGCCAGGGGCAUGUCUAUUUUUAGAAUACUGAUAUUACUUUUAUUAAAGUAGUACAACUAUUUAGAUAGGGGUUGUUAUGACAGUGUGAAGACAAACAAACACAUGGAAUUGAAUUAGGCUUCGUUACAUAGAAAUAUGAUCAGAGUUUGAUUCUAGCCGGGGCGACGCAUUUAUUAAUAGACGGAUCAGGUCACAUGGUGCAGGAACACUGCCGUUAAGUUGAAAACAUAAAUACAUUUUUGUAUUGUACAUUUUUUUAAUAGACGCUGUAAAAAAUUACAUUGACACAUUUUAAACAUGCACAUAGAAAGGUAAAGUAUAUUUUGUGUAUUUAAUGUCAGUUUUUAGAUUUUCCCCUCACGUCCAUCUUUUUCAGUGACGUUUCAUUGAUCUAUUUUUUUGGGUCGUCAUUUUUCAUUUUGACUUCCUCGUUUUCAUUUCACAUUGAAAGUGAAAGAGAAUGACAUUGAACAACAACAACAAAAUCGAAUAGCUCUUACUGAAAAAAGGUGUACAUUAAAGUGAUUGUUUUUUGCAACUUGCAACUGCCAAAAAUCAUCAGCUGACCACAAAAAAAAUCUCCUUGUGCUUCUGUGUGACACAUACGAGCGUAGUUUACAUGCUCAAAGCCAGAAGAGGGCGGGAUAUAAUGCUCAUAACACUUUUUAAAUUCAAACAGUGAGGGUUGCAAACUGUCACUUUAAGUGGAAAUCCGUAAAACCGACAUUUAAAAAAAACCACCUCAAACUAUAAAAAAAAUACUUAUUUCUUUAAUGCCCAUGUUUAAUUUUUCUGUGCCAAUACAUCUACGUAUAUCUAGAUCUUUUGUUUCAAUGUCAACAUUUAUUUUCAAUGCGAAAACUAAAUGGCUGUAUUUUAAACAUGCGUGUGUCAAACAAUCGUAUGUAGACCCUGGGGCCGACCCUGUCUAAAAUUGGGGCCCAAGCAGAAUUUUAUUUAGAGUCCCCCUUACAUCUUUCACACUUUACAUGUUAACUAUUUUCAUACUUUUUUUUAAUGGAUAUUGACAUGUUUUGUACUAAAACAAAUUUAUGGGAAAUCAAUAGUUCAGUAAUUAAUUUUUUGGUGCCAAAUAACAGAAUUUGCAAACCUUCUUGAAGUGACUACAGCCAGGCUUUGAACCCAGGACAACUAUUUUACAAGACCAACACUAAUGCUGUGCACUACAGGGGACAGUGACAAUCAGUGACGGUGCAGGAAGGGGCUAGGAAUUUGUUUAAAAUUAAAUUUGAACGGAUGGCGUGGCCCUACGCACAGCGUGUAAUCUCCGUAUAAGGAGGCUAUAGACUAUUAAAUAUGGUUUAGAUAUGGUACAUUAGAUGUCCAUGGCAAUGAAAUAAGGAAAACAAACUCUGUAUGUACCAAACAAAUACCAAUCUUAAUUUAAACCAAUGAGGGUAAGAGUGCCAACUAAAUGUACUAUUUGAACGUUGAGUUAUUAUUGUUUACUUUUGUGUUGAUCCUUGUGUGGUAGCUUAGGCUUGCACUUGCUGCAUGGCAGUGAGAGCAUGCCGAUGUGUGCUUUUUUUUUGCCAUACUUAAUGAAUAUUUAUUUAAUUUUCAUUGAUAUCCAUGAGAGGACACCCAGCCACUAUUUGAGGAUAUACCAAAGUGAGGAGUGAAAGGACUAAUUUAAAGCAUGCUGCUGCAUCAUUAACCAGCUUAGUGUGUUCGUGUGUAGCAUGCUUGACAAGUGCUCCUUACCACUCCCUUCAUCUGCUCUUUUUUUAUCGUGUCAGAUGUUUUUCCAACAUCUUUUUCUUUCUCUUUAAUCAAAAAGGGUAUCAUGUCUUCCUUUGCACCAUAUUUUCUCUAAUGCCAAAUGUGACACAAUCAUUAUACCGGCGAAUAGAACCGAUUGUUGUCUAUUUGCCACAGCCAAAUAGUCAAUGAGGGGCCAAAUAUCCAUCCAUCCAUCCAUCAUCUUCCGCUUAUCCGAGGUCGGGUCGCGGGGGCAGCAGCUUAAGCAGGGAAGCCCAGACUUCCCUCUCCCCAGCCACUUCGUCCAGCUCCUCCCGGGGGAUCCCGAGGCGUUCCCAGGCCAGCCGGGAGAGAUAGUCUUCCCAGCGUGUCCUGGGUCUUCCCCAUGGCCUCCUACCAGUCGGACGUGCCCGAAACACCUUCCUAGGGAGGCGCUCGGGUGGCAUUCUGACCAGAUGCCCGAACCACCUCAUCUGGCUCCUCUCGAUGUGGAGGAGCAGCGGCUUUACUUUGAGCUCCCCCCGAAUGACAGAGCUUCUCACCCUAUCUCUAAGGGAGAGCCCCGCCACUCGGCGGAGGAAACUCAUUUCGGCCGCUUGUACCCGUGAUCUUGUCCUUUCGGUCAUGACCCAAAGCUCAUGACCAUAGGUGAGGAUGGGAACGUAGAUCGACCGGUAAAUCGAGAGCUUUGCCUUCCGGCUCAGCUCCUUCUUCACCACAACGGAUCGAUACAGCGUCCGCAUUACUGAAGAUGCCGCACCGAUCCGCCUGUCGAUCUCACGAUCCACUCUUCCCCCACUCGUGAGGGCCAAUGAGGGGCCAAAUAUAAAAAAAAUAAUAUUAAUACUUGUGCUUAAGAUGUACCUUUUCAUGUAAGCCUAUUAGCAGGUAAUACUUAUGUCACAAUAGUGUUCUGGGAAAUCACAAAAUGUUUUGAGGAUUAAGCAUUUUCCCGCAAAAUGAGGGAAUCAGUUUUAAAAUUGCAAAACUACAAAGCCUACGAUGAACUGUUUUUGUAGUGAACAAUGCCUAUUUUGCCAAAGGCCAUAUUAUUUUCAAGAAAUGUAACAGAGUCUUUUUCAAGCAAACCCAAUACAUUAUGGAGAUUUUCUACUUUUGGGCAAUAUCCUACUAAAUUCCGAUGAGCUAAGGAGAAUGGUUAUUUGAUUUUUAGUAUUUUUUAACAUUUGCCUAAAGUGGUUCUUCAACCAUGUCAAUAUUGUUUUGUUGUUGCAUUACUUUUUUGUAGAAAAUAAAAGUAAUAUCAUCCUUUUUUAAAAACUCUCCAAUGUGUACAAGUACAAUUACAUCUAGCUAAAUAAAAUUAUAUUGUACGACAGAGAACUCCUAUAUAUUUUUUUUCCUGACCCCAGACUGAGCACCCUCAUAGGAGCUGAGUCUGGGAUCAACUCUUAAACUUUUUUUUUUUUUUUUUUACUCAUCCCAUCCCAACGCCUGCGUGACGACAAAUCAGCGUUUCUGUUCUGUCACCUUGUACAACGUGUCUGCUCUUGAACGGGUUUGUGCUGAAAAUGAUAUUUUGUUUCACUUGUGAAAUGGCAUUAAAGUUCCUUCCUAAAUAAUAA